AUGGCGGGAGAAAAGUCUUCCCCCUUUAUGAAGGCAUCGUCCUUCCUUGCGAAGAACCCAUUUGCGGAAAAUGCUAAUGUCAGAGAUGAUGGUCGCGUCGACAUCGUGGUCGACGCUGCCCUGGGCAGAAUCGCCAACCGCCUCAUGCGCGAUGAUCCCACCAUCAAUGCCAACCGUUUGUCGCGAACAAAUCCCCCUACUUCUUCGAUGCCGCCUCCUCAAUACUCCAUCAUCGAUCCCCUCAAGUCCCAAGUAACCGAGUUGCCGCGACCGCAAACGUCUACCCAAAGCUCCAUCAGCUUAAACAUCGUCAUCCAAGUCGUCGGAAGCCGAGGCGACGUCCAGCCCUUCGUGGCGCUGGGCGCAGAACUCCGUGUAUCCGGCCACCGCGUCCGGCUUGCAACGCACGACGUCUUCAAAGACUUCGUCAAAAGCGCAGGGCUGGAUUUCUACCCCAUUGGCGGCGACCCAAGCGGUCUCAUGGCGUUCAUGGUCAAGAAUCCCGGCUUGAUACCUAGCAUGGAUAGUCUCCUUGCGGGCGAGGUGCAAGGGAAGCGGACCAUGGUCCGGACGAUGCUCGAUGGUUGCUGGAGGUCGUGUAUAGAUGCCGAUCCGGAUAGCGGCGAGCCGUUCGUGGCGGAUGCGAUCAUUGCGAACCCGCCGAGCUUUGCUCAUGUGCAUUGCGCCCAGGCACUGGCUGUACCUUUACAUAUCAUGUUUACUAUGCCGUGGACGAGCACGAGGCAAUUCUCGCAUCCACUGGCCAAUCUGACAUUGGGUAACGGAAAGAUCGAUCCUGGCACUGCAAAUUAUAUGUCAUACUGGCUCGGAGAUGUGAUUAACGAAUGGAGGACGACUGUCGACCUGGAACCCGUACCUACAUCAGAGGGCCCCAGACUCCUCGAGACGCUCGGUGUGCCCGUGACGUACUGCUGGUCACCCGCACUCGUCCCUAAGCCAGCCGACUGGCCCUCGUCAAUAGAUAUCUGCGGCUUCUUCUUCCGAGAACCACCUGAUUACACACCGCCAGAUUCUCUAGCCAGCUUCCUAGGCAAAGGCUCGACACCAAUAUACAUCGGGUUCGGAAGCAUUGUGCUCGACGACCCUGAAAAGCUAAACUCCAUCCUCGUCGAAGCUGUACGGACAGUAGGGGUAAGGGCCAUCAUUUCCAAGGGGUGGAGCAAUCUUGGCGGAAAGACGAUCGGUCCCACGGAUGAUGGCAACGUUUUCUACCUGGGGGACUGUCCCCAUGAGUGGUUGUUUAAACACGUUUCGGCGGUUAUGCAUCAUGGUGGAGCGGGGACUACGGCGUGCGGUCUGUUGAAUGGGCGACCGACGACCGUGGUGCCAUUUUUUGGAGACCAACCGUUCUGGGGGGAGAUGGUCGCAAUGGCGGGUGCCGGGCCAAACCCGAUCCCCCAUAAGCUCUUGGAUGUGCAAAACUUUAUAGAUGCUAUUCGGUUCUGUCUUACUCCGGAGGCAUCAGCUGCUGCCCAGAGGUUAGCGACAAGCAUCAAGGCAGAGACCGGCAUCAAGCAGGCUGUCAAAUCGUUCCAUAAUCAUAUCCUGUCGUAUAACAUCCGAUGCGACCUGCUUCCAACACGGCCCGCGGCAUGGGUGUAUAAGACGAAGAGCGGAAGGUCAAUCAAGUUGUCGAAGCUCGCUGGCGAGAUCCUUGUGCACUCUUCCGUCAUCCAAAGGAAACAUCUCAAACGGUAUGAAGUCAAUCCUGUCGAGAUUAGGAACCGUCGCUGGGAUCCAAUGACGGGAGUAGCUUCAGCAACCCUUCACACCGGCAAAGGAAUGUUGGUCGCAACUUCGGAUAUCGUCAUAAAGCCUUUAAAGACGUAUCGAUCUCUAAGCGCGAAUCACUCCCCAUCUCCGGGAUCUGAUGACAUAGAGAGGGGACCCAGCAUGACCACGCCACCGCCAACCCCUGGAACAUCUAGGUCAGCAGCCAGAUCUUCGAGUCACUCUCUUAACCAUACCCAGAAUCGGUCAUGUCUGGCAGAUACGGGACAAGUCGUAGCGGCCUCCGUGUCAGGAGUUGGUGGAUUCUUCAAAGCGCAGUGGAAGGGCUUCCUGCUAGAUAUUCCCUUGUCCGCUGCUGAAGGCCUUCGCGCCGUUCCGAAGCUCUACGGCGAACACGUGCCUGAGCGGGAUGUCAUCACUGACUUUAGGUCUGGCGCUAUGGCGGGCGGAAAGCAGUUUGUCCUUGGUAUAUCAGGAGGCGUGGCAGACCUGUUUCUACAACCGUAUACUGGAGGUAGUCGUGAUGGCGCCCGUGGUGUUGCCAAGGGGCUAGGAAAAGGUGUCGUCGGAUUCACGACCAAAGUCUUGUCUGCCCCUGUUGGCCUCGUUGCCUACUCGUUUGAGGGAAUCUACCAGGAUAUUCGAAACUUUACCUCGAAAACUGGACGAAUCAUCCAAACCCAACAGCAUCUGGAGGGGACGUACUUACUCCAAGCUGAACUGACGAAGAGUCGUGAACUAGAAGGCGGAAAGUCCCCCAAGGGUUAA